UGGGCACCAUUUUGACUGUUACUUACAGAACAUUUCUUCAUUUUGAGUCGAGGUGUCUAAGAACGCUGAGCCCAGUGUGGUACCUCUGAGACUCUGCACCAUGCCCCCCACGUUGCAGAGCAUUCUCCCAGCCCUGUACCUCCUUGGAGUCUUGACCCUACUGCUGUGCCCUUCAGGCCUGUGUGAGGUUUGUUGUCCAGUACCAGAGCUGAAGUAUGGCAAAAUCAUUCUGCAAAGACAACAGAGAAAAGGUUUGGCCAAUAAGUGUGAAUAUUUCUAUGGAGACUCAAUUUCAUAUUCAUGUGAUGGGAGCUAUAACUCUGAAGCUUCAUGCCAAGAAGAUGGCACCUGGAGUCCUGAAACACCAGCAUGUGGAGAGAGUUGCUAUUAUCCUCCUGUCAUUGAUCAUGGACGACCUAAACUAACUACACACACAUUCGGACCAAAUGAGGCUAGGUACGAAUGUGACAAAGGAUACAUUCUGGUUGGAAAUCCCAGACUCUCCUGCAGUUAUUCUCGCUGGUCUGGUCCACCUCCUCAAUGCAAAGCUGUGUGUCCGACACCAGAGAUUGAACAUGGAAAUCUGCUUGUGGAUAAGGAUCAGUUUGUUGAAACUGAAAUUGUCACCAUCCAGUGUGACUCUGGCUAUUCUGUGGUCGGUCCUCAAAACAUCACCUGCUUAGAGGACAGAACCUGGUACCCAGAGGUGCCCAAGUGUGAGUGGCUAGAGCCUUGCUUGGUGCAGCUUCCUAGUCACGUUCUUCAAAAUGAAGCUGCUUACCUUCCACUUGCUCUUUUGCCACUUGACUGAAAUGCUCAUGGAUGCUGGAUCACCAGCUUCCACCAUGCUGAUGAGAACAACACACUAGGGGCUGCUGGAGCAACAAAGAGGGAGGGACCUGACCCCUGGAUGACCUCAUUGGACAGAGAUGCUGACCAACCUGAAUGCGUUUCUGCCACUGCACUGUGACAUGAGAGAUGUAAAAUGCUUUUGCUCCCACAGCUUAGCUUACACCCUAACACAUUCAAAGGAAUCCCCAAAUAUCCCUGUGCAUUGGUGUCUUCUCUGUCGCUGCCCAGUUUCUUCAGAGAGGAAUCCUCCAAUCUCCUGCCUGCUGCUUGAAUUUCUCCCAGGCAAGAUGAGGUAGCCCCUCAGCCUAUGUCCACUGCAGACAGUGCGAACUGCAACAUUGCUUUGCACUGUCUGCAUUGAGAGCAUUUACUUUCUUGAAAGGAUCGCACCCAUCCUUGGAAAGUGGAGCAUUGGCAUUCAUCUUUUUGUUUUAGGUGGAAUUUUUCUCCUUCCUUUAUGAUGCAUUCAUCUUUGUAUUUCCCUCAGAGGUUUGCUUACCACCUCUGCAAAUAAACAGUUUUGUUUCUGCA